CAGCCCAGACAACGCACAGCUUCACACAGCUUCUCAAUGGUUUCUUAACGCGCCGUGUCGCGCGCGGCCAUUAGCAAUUAGCAUUUCGCACGAAUAUUUGCACUUCGUGCUUUACUACAGUAAACAAGAGUUUCGGUAUGCCUCUACUACAAAUAUGUACAAGUAAGAUGAUAUAAUAAAAUUUGGAGAAGUGACUAUAAAUUAUCGACGAGAAUAUGAUGAUCGUGUUGAACCUAGGAGCAACGGUGAAUUUCUUACAGUGAAACAUGUAUCGCUGUAAAAUGUUGUCAAAUAUUCAUGCAAAUAUUACCUGGUGGAACGAUCAGCAUCUGCAGCAUCAAGCAAACCGCGGUGACGCUACUAGUUCAACUUCAAGCUGAGAUUUAUAUUUUUUUUAAGUUUCGAAUCUGUCGUUGAGAGAGUUAAGUGCAACACAUGUCUUUAAAAAUAAUGUUGCUCUCUCGAUAUCGGAAUCUUAUCUUCGGCAUCUUAUCUUUGAAAAUAGCAGAGUGUGUCGUUCGUCUUCAAGUAUAACAAUCCUGUUUCUGUCGAUCCUGUUUCUGUAUAGUACAAAGAAAAGGGAUAAUUCCUCUGACUCGUUCAGUUACAUCGUCCAAUCGUCGAAGAUUCAAUGUCAUACGAUAAAUUCGUAACGCCGUUAAUCUCGAUUUGACUGGGUAACGAACGAUCCACGUCGACGUCAUGUCGAAGGAAUCGACGUCUUCCGAUUUCGGUACGCAAAAUCAUUCGGCAUCUGUCAACAACAAGAAAGUUGCCCGCAAAGUUAAGAAGAACAAAUGUGAAACGGUGGCGACGGCGGUCCAAUGUUACUAUGAAAAGGGAACUGCUGUGGACAAACCACGGAGCUUAAAGAACUGCUCAAUUAAAUUCGGGGUUGACAAAAAAUGUUGUCGACAAAAGGAGAAAAAUAAUGCGCCAAUUAAUAAUAUCAAAGAUAUCGUAGAACGUGGUAAAGAUGUAGCUAAUCUUACGAACGAUGUCCAAGCGUUGAUCAUUGAUGAGUUCGUGAACGAGCGUGUACGACGCAAAAGAAAGGGAAACAACAAGAAAAGCAAAUUGAAGAAAGGUUCUUCGAGCAGAGAAGCGAGCGUAGGAGAGGAGGACGAAGAAGAGGAAGAAGUAAUAGUAGCAGCAGCUGUAAAAGAACGUGAAGUCGAGGAAUCUGUACAGAGAAAGAUCAGAGAGACGUUCCCGAAACUCAUCCCUGUGAGAGAAAUCGAUGAAUUUAUAAGAAAUGAAAAUUCCAUCGAUGCACAAUACGUAGAGGGAUAUUUACGCGUCAAUCCCUGGAAUCAUAAGUUUGCCUAUAUAUCAUUGGGGGAUGAUGAAUUUGAUUUGCUGAUCGUGGGACUGAGGGAUAGAAAUAGAUCGUUCGACGGUGAUCACGUUGUAGCUCGUGUGAAUCCCACGGACAAAUGGAAGACUUGUCAAGGACAGGUGCAAAAAACAGGUGUGGUAGUUUGUAUAAAAGAGAAAGUACAUCCGAGAAAAACAGUCGGACAUAUUAAACAGCGCGGUGGUACGUCGACGUUCUUGUAUCCCAGAGAUCAUCGUGUACCAUUGGUCAGAAUAACUAAGCAGUCUUUAGAGCAGUUCGCCAUCCGUCCGAGUAACUGCGAGAACAUGCUGUAUUUAGUAGUCAUAACGGAUUGGACGAAUCCUCAGUUCGCAGUUGGGAAAAUUGAACAGAUAGUCGGAAGUAUCGGCGACAUAAAAGCAGAGUCGGACGCGAUAUUACUUGAACACGAUUUAGACGUAAAACCUUACGAUCCAAAGGUGAUAAGAGGUCUCCCAAAUAGCGAUCAUUCCUUGACAGAAGAUGAUCUGACAGAUAGGGAGGAUUGGAGGAGCGAAUGCGUGUUCACGAUCGACCCAAAGACCGCUGUGGAUUUGGACGAUGCGAUUUCUUGCAGAAUUUUAGAAAACAAGAAUUACGAAAUCGGGGUACAUAUAUCGGAUGUAACUCACUAUUUGGAAUUUUUAUCUCCGUUAGAUGUUCAGAUCUCAAAGCGAGCAACGACCGUAUACACCACAGACAACGUAUACCACAUGUUACCGAAACAAUUGUGUCAAGUAUGUUCGUUGACACCUGGCCAAGAUAAAUUGGCUUUUUCUGUGAUUUGGGAAAUAACUCCAGGCGCAGAAAUUGUCAAACACCGUUUCGCAAAAACCGUAAUAAAAUCUUGUUGUCAAAUGGCUUAUGAAGAUGCCCAGAAAUUUAUUGAAAAUCCAGAAGAUAAUUCGUUGGAUCAUCCUCUGAUUAUAAGUGGUGGUGACUUCACCGUUGAACAUUUGUCGACGAGAGUAAAUCGUCUACAUAAUUUGGCUGUGCAAAUGCGCAGUAAACGAUUCGAAAAUGGAGCGUUGCACAUAAAUCAACCAAAAUUGUGUAUCAGCGUUGAUAGAAUCACAGGCUUACCAGUGUCGUAUAGUAUAGAGGAGCAAAGAGAUAGUAACAGACUCAUCGAGGAGUUUAUGCUGCUAGCUAACACGACAGUCGCUACACAUUUGUACAAUACAAUUCCAUCGAGUGCUUUAUUACGCAAUCAUAAAGAGCCCUCGAAGCAUAUGCUCGGUAUAACGAAAGAUACUCUACAAAGAUUUGGUAUUCACUUGGACAUCGAUUCCUCCGCCUCUCUGCACGCCAGCCUUAAACGAUACGAGCAAAUCGAAUUAGAAGCUGAAAAUGACGAAACAAUGAAAACAAUGAAGUACAGGAUGAUGGUCAUCAAUAGUCUUUGUUCCAAAGCCAUGGCACGGGCUACGUACAGAUGUUCGUCCACCGUGAGAACGGAAGCGGAAUUGAGGCAUUACGCUUUAAAUGUCUCGCUUUAUACACAUUUCACUUCUCCGAUCAGGCGAUACUCCGACUGUGUGGUACACCGUUUACUUCAUUCGACCAUCAGAGAUAUCGACACGUUGCCUGACACGUGGUCCGAGAAGCUGUGCAAGUCAAUAGCGGCCAAUUGUAAUACGAAAAAGUAUGGGGCAAAGAUGGCUCAAGAGAAAAGUAGUGAAUUAUACUUUACGUAUUUCAUAGACUUGAAUGGGCCUAUUGUCACAAUGGGUAUCGUGUUACAAGUGACGGAGAGUUUUGUGAACGUUAUACUGUGUGAAGUUGGUAUAAAAUUAAGGAUACAUUUCGCGCAGCUAAAAGAAUUUGCGACUAUCGUCGAAUAUUCUACGGAAUGUUCGGUCCCGACGAUAAGAAUUGUUUGGAGGCAACCCGCUGUGACUCAGAUGAUAAAUGUUUUUACUUUGUUAUACUUGAGAGUUGAAAAACAUCCCGAAACUUUUCAGCUAAUCGGCAGUCUUUUACCACCGAAUUAUGAGACAGUAGAACGACGUUGAUCACAAUGACAGAGAGGUAUUUAUUCUGUAAAUUACAUUCGAAACUGAUCAUUGUCGAAGAUUUUAUUCCACGUACCUUUAUGUGUACAAAUAAUCUUUGGGCCGUGUACGUACGCACACAUUUUAUUAACAUUUUUAUUUUUAUGAAGUAAGAAUCGGUUAUUUUUAGAAAUAAUUUAUUUUUAAGAGACGGAAAUUACUCGGGUUGCUUGUAACUCGAGUAUGUUUUAAAGGAGAUGAUGGAUGGAAUAAUAAAAUCAGAUUUUUUCGCAAGGA